AUGACUGAUAAAUGCUUCUCUCUCUCACCCCUUUCUUGGGCGCAUCAUUUGUUGCCCCGGCUCUCAAAUUACAUUACGCUGAUAGCGAAUAGAUAUUGCGCAUAUCACGCCUUUAUCGAUAUGGAGUUCUUCACACUGUUCACGAUGCUUCGCGAUCUCGAUUUGCGACUGAAUCGACUUAUACAACUGAGCACUGUCGCAAAUAAUCCUGUAGUGUUACGAUCGUUGUAUCGUCUUAGUCUAAAUCACAACCAACUGACGGUGCUGAAUCUCACGAACUGGAUUGCGCCACAGCUUGGCAAGCUGGAGCUGAACGGCAACCAUUUGACGCAACUUCCGCUCGGAAUUGGUCGGUUUGAAGAUCUGGUUGAAUUGGUUGUAUCUUCCAAUCAACUAACGACGCUCGAUCUACAUUCUUUGCAGCAGCAGCAGCAGCAGCAGCUACAGCAACAUGACCUUAGGCCUACAGUAUAG